UUCGCCGUGUGAGUUUGCGUGUGUACUUCCGUCCCGUCCGACCCUCCGAGUGCGUACGUAAUUUUAUAUCGAAUCAUCCAGAAUAAAAGGAUGUGGCAAAAAACGACAGAGCUCUUGCUUCUGUUGGCCGUGGUGAGGUCUUCUGAGGUUGAAUGGUGUUCUCCGAAAUGCAUCUGCCCCUCUCAAAAAGAGGUGUACUGCCACUCGGGGGGUUUCUCGGAGAUCCCGGCGCACCUCCUGCCGUCGCUGGUGGAGCACCUCUCGUUCAUGAAGAACAACUUCACGGUGAUCAAGCCGGACGCCUUCGCCCUGCUCAAGAACCUGCGGAAGCUCAUCCUGGACGGGAACAACAUCAGCGCCAUCCGGGCCUUCGCCUUCCGCGGGGUCCCGCGCCUCGAGGAGCUCUACAUCAACAACACGAACCUAUCGGCCCUCUCGCCCUUCUCCUUCGCCGGGCUCCUCGGCCUCCGCAACCUCUACCUCACCAACAACCUCAUCACCUCCGUCGGCAGGAACGCCUUCGCCGGCACCUCCAACAUCGAGACCAUCAACCUGAGCAGCAACCCCCUCGUCCGCAUCAAUAGCUCCGCCUUUUCAGGCCUGAGGCACGUCCGCUACCUGAUCCUCCCCUCCGGCAUCAAGUACAUCGAACCCGAGGCCUUCGCGGGGAUGGACACGAUCGGCCUGAUCAAGCUGCCCUACAUGGACCUCAGCUCCCUCCGCGCCAACACCUUCCACGGCCUGAGCAACGUCUACGCCAUCACGAUCCAGGACUCCGACCUGGGCAUCAUCCAGCCCCGCGCCUUCGCCAACCUCAGCUUCGUCGGGCUCAUCAGCCUGAGCAACAACAAGAUCGACUCCAUCCGCGAGCUCGCCAUCCUCGACUCGCAGAACGUCGACGCCGUCAAGCUCGAGGGCAACCACAUCCUCGACGUCCCGCAGCCCCACCUCAUCGUCCUCGACGUCAUGAAGGAGGUCGUCGUCUCCAAGAACCACUUCCCGUGCGAUUGCCGGAUCCACUGGCUCCUGGCGAGCCCGCUCGUCGCAGGGAACUUGACGCUCUUCCUCCAGGAGAAUUUUUGCAUCUCGCCGCUGGAGUUCAACGGGAAGCCGAUGUCGAGUUUGGACCUCCAGUCCAUCGGUGGGUGCAACGAUGACGCCAGCGUGCUCAACAGGAACUCGGCGGUCGGGCGGCCGUCCGGGGAUUGCUGGCUCGCGCUGGCGGUGAGCGCGAUCGUGGUAGGCAGGUUCUCGCGGCAUUCGUUCCGGGUUAGUUAAUCGGGGUGAAAAUUCGGGGUUUCGGUGUAUAACUCAUCGGUUUAUGAUUUAGAGCAGGUAAACAAGUUCCGGAAAACACUGGAAAACAAAAUUACAUUGGAGCUAGAGUCCAGACUCUUAAAAACA